AUGGCACUCAAAUCUCGCUCUGUUCUCUUUCUUCUCCUCUCAAUUAUGGUGGUUUCGAGUAUCAACGAAGCGGGCGCCACUUUCUUCGGAAUUUGGCUGCCGAUCGCUAACCUGAAAACCCCGGAGGUGGUGCAGAUUGCCAAAUUUGCAGUGGCGGAGCACAACAAAGAGGCUAAAACAUCGUUGCAAUUCGUUACCGUCGUAAGAGGUGAAACCAAACUGGCUGUCGGGAAGAACUACCGGCUGGUGAUCACCGUCAAGGGUAGCGGCUCCGCCCAACCCAAAAACUAUACCGCAGUUGUUUGGUCCAGGCCCUUGAUAAAGUACCAGCAACUUCUUACGUUUAAUGAAGUUAAAGUUUAA